CCACACAUUGGCGGUUGUGACGCAUAUUUGGAGCAACAGGGAGCCGCAGCAGAGGGAUGAAAGAGCCACAUGCGGCUCCGGAACCGCUGGUUGCUGACCCUUGGCCUAAGAUAAAAGCAACGAGUCCAGGAGAAAUAAGGGAGAAAUAGGCUCUGAGUGCCAGAACACAAACCCACCCUUUUGGACCCGAGUAAAGAUGAAAUUGAAGGCUAGUAUUUUUCUUUACAGCAAGCUACCCUUCCAUUUUUUUAAAGAAAUUUAAAAACUCAUAAGAAACACUAAAAAUUAGCAGGGCUUGCAGCCUGGCAAGCACAAGAAGACUAAUUGGCGCCUGUUUACAGACAGUACGGAGCUCAGCAGCAUGAUGAGCGCCUGCUUUAGAUUCCAGCGACUCUGUGGAGCUUCGCCAGGCCUGCAGAGCAAGAGGAGCACCUCAAGACAUCUCUUCACAAAAGCCCUAAUAUAUUUGCAGCUGGUGGGAUCAUGCGGCAGCACCAAAGCUGUAUCCGGGUACUGGCUCCGUUCUGUGUCCUGGCCAUCUUCCUCCUGCUCACGCUCACGGCCUCGUACAAGCCCGUCGUCGUCAUCCAUGGCCUGUUUGACAGCCCUUCCGACUUCCAGCUCCUGCUGGAGUUCAUCAAUGAGACCCACCCGGGGACCAACGUAACCGUCGUCGAUCUGUUCGACCGCACGGAGAGCCUGAAACCCCUCUGGGUGCAAGUGGAGGGCUUCAGGCAGGCCAUUUACCCCAUCAUGCAGAAUGCAGUUGACGGGGUCCACCUCAUCUGCUACUCGCAAGGAGGCCUCAUCUGCCGUGCCCUCAUCGCCACCACCCCUGAUCACAACGUGGACACCUUCAUCUCUCUCUCCUCUCCUCAGAUGGGGCAGUAUGGGGACACCAAGUACUUGAAGUGGCUUUUUCCGGACCACAUGAAAUCCAACCUGUACCGCUUGUGUUACACCCACAUGGGCCAGGAUUUGUCCAUCUGUAAUUACUGGAAUGAUCCACAUCAUCGGGAUCUUUACCUCAACAACAGCAACUUCCUGGCUCUGCUGAAUGAUGAGAGACUCCACCCCAAUGCGUCUGCCUGGAAGAGGAACCUCCUGCGGAUCCGGAAGCUGGUUCUGAUCGGGGGCCCAGAUGAUGGCGUAAUCAUGCCGUGGGAGUCCAGUCUGUUUGCCUUCUAUGAUGACAAUGAGACAGUGAGAGAUAUGACAUCUCAGCCGGGUCCUCAGAUUCCAUGGAAGGCUUUGAACAUUUUCUGGGUUGCAGUAAAGAGGUCUACCUCCUGGACACCUUUGGUCUGAAGACCCUGCAUGCUCGUGACGACAUUGUUUUUUACACAAUGCCUGGCGUUUCUCACACAAACUGGCAUUCCAACCGCACAGUGUAUGAUACCUGCAUUGCCAAAUGGCUGACGUAGCGGGAGAGGCCCAGGACGCUGGUGGAGGAGAGAGAGAGUCCUACAUGGGGAUGCGCUCCGUGACCUUAUCUGGCCAUGUCUCUCACAGAGGAAAAACUCUGCUACCUGUAGCUUUUCUAGGAUGAUCAGUAUUUUCUUUCAUAGUGGAAGAAACCCUUUUCUGCAGGAACUUUUUGGUGGAGGCUGGAAGGCACUUGGGAAUUGCACUGGGGGGAAGUGGGGAAUCAGCCCUCUACCUUUUAUUGGGCCUGAGCUAUAAAAGCUACAGGAAAAACUGCAAAAGAACUAUUGAGCGGUAUCUGGUAUUUGAGAAAAGAUGUGGAGUUUUAGAAAGUGGUUUGGGCCGCAAGUCUGGAAAUAGGAAAUUAAUUACAUUUCAAUGUAAACCAGAGCAUUAGAUGUCCUAUUAGCUAGUUCUGAAUCUCUAGUAGAACUCUAUGUUGUGUGGAAGCUGGCAAUAUUCCUCUUUGAAACGUUUGAAUUAUUUUGCCCGAAAUUUGGAAAAUGACUUUUAAAUUGAAGAAGAGCCUUUAUAUUUUUCAAGAGCUGCCAAAAAUCACAGCUAUCCAACACCUUUUCAGAAAGACGAGUCACCUGGAAUGCUAGCCAAGCACCCACCCACACCAAUUCAGAGAAAGCAUUAAGUUCACAGAAUUGUAUUUUAUUUUUGCAGCAUUAAGUUCAGUAGAAAACUCAAUUCUUCCUUUGCCAUUUCACUGGAGAAUACUGAUCACUUGGUAGCCCUUUGAUCAAAACUUCAUGGCAUUUUCAAAAUUAAGGGUGAAACUGUCAGACAGUUCAGUGUUCCAGUUUGCAGUGUCUCUUUGUUUGCAUAGGAUAGUUGGAAGGAACCUGAGUCUGUUCUGUGUGUAUGUGUGUUUGUGUAUAUUUUUUCUCCUCCCGCAGAAGCACAUUCUUAGAAACUCAGGAUGGCAAUGGAAGCUCGGCUUAGGCAGAGCCAUUCACUAUCUACUCUCAUUGCUGUUUAAAAACACGGUGAAACCUCCCACCGGCAACUCUUCAGGGACAGCUGCUGUGUUGGUUUGGUGGCGCUUCUGCUUCAGGACCUCCUGCCCCAUCGCCUACCGUGGGGCGAACUUGCAGCUUCACUUGUUACAGUAUUAACUCUUAAUUCUCACCAAGGUACAGCAGGAGUGGCAAAACAGCGGUAGAGUUAACGCUUAACCUCUGGUAUGAAGAAUGAGGCCAACAAAAUGCAACACAGGGCGCACUUUAAGUUGAGCUUGGCAAGCUUUGGGAGGGGCUCCUAUCCUUAGCAAUAAGGCAUUCUGUUACGAUGCGCAGAACCUCCAGCGUGAGGGCCAGACCCCGACUGCCUGGGGAGCCUGCUGGGCCCUCUGCAGUUCCAUGGACGGCUACACCUCUUCAGCCCCAACCAUCAGUUGUUUGGUUGCUUCCCAGCUCUGGGACAGCCCCCCUGCCCCAUUCUAAAAGGGCUUUUAACCUGUGAUGUACUUACGAGAUGUAAGUUAAAAUACCCUGGGAUUUUUGGUCUUGCUGCUUUUGCCCCAGCCAUCAUUUCCAUACCAUCUCCUGGAGUUUCUCCAAAAUGGCAUUUGGCCCAUAGGCUGGAAGAGGUUCUGCUUUUGGCCCAUAGGCUGGAAGAGGUUCUGUUCUGCUGCAUGUUGCUCAGAAAUAACAGCUUUCUAGACAGUACCGUUACUGUGGGGGAAUGUUUUCCCAAGUGUGGCGAGCAUUCAGUAAGAGACAUGAACCUAUCAGCGACCUGAAGUGGUUUUCGCUAUCUCGUGCUCGCUCUGAUGCAGGUUGAGUUCCCCUGCUCCUCUUUGGCCAGGUGUGAAUGUGAGAGGACUGGUUUGUGGUAGGUGAGCAGAGCUGUGUGAACAUUCCACCUGGGAGGAACAGACACCUGUGUGCAUACGCCAUUCGCAUACGUUGGCUGAGAGGGUUAGUAAUGUGGCUGAAUGGCUGGUGAACUGCGGGGUCGUUUGGCCUGAUGGCUUCCUGUCAAGCAGGUCUGGUGGCAACCGGGAAGGCCACCCUGUUGGAUAGGGUUGCUGCCCUUGGGCCAGAUCCGCCCUGUGGUGCUCCUCGGAGAGCCGUGCCCGCUUCCCCGGGCCCAUCCCCUCCCCGCCGUUCACCUGUUCCUCAGUGGCUGUGCACAGCUCCCUCUUGCCCCGUUCUCAAAGGCUGAAACGGCUCUCCUAAGGCAGUCUUAUUGGCAGUAAGAGCUUCAGGACACCAUCCCGUGAGUUGUACUCUUAAGCCCCCAAAUUUGGAGGCUGCUGAGCACCCUGUGCAGAGCAGGAAGUGUGAGAGGUAAUCUCUGCCUCCCUGCUUCCCCCACUCUAAGUACUUCACUGUUCUUGGGUGGGACACUUUGGAGAAGGAAGGAAGAGGACACAGGAUAUGUCCUUAGAAGGCCUCGGCAGUUAUGGACGGCCUGUAACUAAAGAAAUGUAUAAAUAAAUACAUAAAAUAUGCUGUCCCUUAGUCUCUGCAGCCUCCUUCCUGCUUUGCCCCCUGGAAUGCCCCCUUUCCCCCUCUCCAGUUUCAAACCUUGGAGAAGCAAGGUUCUUCCCCUGCAGCUACAAGCAGGGAAGCAGACUGGAGCGCAGGUUCCCAGCUCUGGGGUUGGACUGCAGAUUUCAGAAUCCAACGUUGGGUUUGGUCUCCCCAGACAGUGUCUAGGGACUAGAGGAUCACUUCCUGAAGCUCAGCUAUUUGGCCCUUCAGUUCCAACUUCCACUGGAAUGUUCCCCCCUAACCAGAGGUUUUUUAAAAACUCAGAUUCAGUUCUCAAGUUGGAAAAAGGGUCUGCAUUCGUGAUGUUGAGGAUAGGUUUGUGGGCCCCACUGGAAACAGUAGAAUAGGUGGCUGUCAUGUUGCUUUGGAGUGCUUGGUGCAUGUUGUGGUUUGAGCAGCAAGAAGAGGAGGCCCAUGUGCCAGUUGCUAGUUAGGAUUGGAAAACCCUUAUCAGCUGCAGCAAGGUUGGCAACCCCUGGAGCGUAGAGGGGGUAUGGUUCCUUUAUGUUUAAAAAAAAGCAUGGCAGAACUGACUUUGUUUUAUGGAUCUGUGAAAAAAUCAGCUCCAUGUCUUGUUCUUGUGCUGAGGCAGAGUGCAAGUUAGAAACAUCGAAACAAAGUGAGCCAGAAGGGGGCUCCUGGGCCAUCUAGUCUGACCCCUUGCUCCAGCCAGCUCCGCUCAUGACAUGCCCACCAUGUGGUUGUCCAAGUUCUUACCAUGAAUGUCUUUGUAGUGCUUAAAACAGGAUGAAAUAGGAAUCUGGUUUGGUUCGGUGAUGCUUUGGAAUAGAAUUUGGUUUUGAGUGGCUUUGGAAUGCUGAUGGUAGCGAAGUGGCAUGCAUAUUUUCAUUCACAGGGAACUUUUUGGUGCUGAUUUCAGGAGUGUGUGGCUGUUACCUCAUCCAAGGACAAUUGGAGGCUUCCUGCAGUCGGAUGGAGGGAGGGGGGAGCACAAUGCCUUGUCUAAACAGGUGAACCACUUAGAUGUCUGUUAGAUUAGAACGUGAUCACUAGAGGGUCGGUAUGGGAGGGGGCAGCUAGAGCCCAGCUAGGCGCCAGGUGUGCAGGUGGGCAAAGGAGCACUUGCCUUCUUUUGCCCUGCUCACCCAUUCUUCUUUAUGGACAAGUGUAUAUUCCCAGUACCAGGUUGGAGAAGGCUGCCUUGCAAGAUCCCAGAAUGCUGUGCUCGGCUACCUACAGAAGCAGCAGCACACUUUGGCUGCAUUCAGGUGGACAAGGCAACCAGCCUUUUAUGCCGAGUCGUAUUUCUCUCAACACCGGGGCCAGUAGCAAAUAUUAGGGAGUUGGCUACCCUCGUCAUGUUCUACUCAGGUGCUUUCUGGAGUAUCUUGUUGGCCUGUGUCAAGGACAGGGUCAGGGAUGAAAGAGGCCUUUUGACCCAGUGAUGUGGUGGCUAAAUUCCAGGCCUUCAGAGUUGUUCUGUUUUGCUAGAACUUUGACACGCACCAAGAGCCUGGUGCAAAACACAGAAUGAUACAGAAUUCUGAUCCCAGGGAUUUCUUUUGUAUACCAGAACUGGAUGGUGCUCACAGUCUUUCUACGCAAAAUCAGAGUUGUCUGAACUCUUUUUCCAGUUGCCCCACAAAUGAAGGGCUCAAGAUGCUUAAACUAAAACUGCUGAUCUCAUGGAUCUGACAAAUAAGUGUGAAGCAUGAAUCGCUGCUCUGACUGGACACAAAUCGAUGCCAACGAACUUACAUUUACAGAUGUCUAGUAUUGCCUAGUUCCACACUACAGAUAAGCAUUUUGAAAGCCAUUCUUUCAUCUGGCACUUCAAUCUGGCCGAAACAGGACAGAGAGGGAAGAAUACAUAGCAAAUAGGUUGCUUUUCAAUUUAAGAUCGGUUUGGCUUUAUUUUAAUGUUAAUAUGGAGCUUUUUUAUAAAUGGCUUUGGAAUUUGCAUGGAUAGUACAGUGAAAACUAAGGAUGUGUCUUCGUGAUACAUCUGUAUUGCUUUUCAUACCACUGUCACUUUCCCACCUCUCCAAAAUAUGGCUGUUGGAAACUGGAGUGUCCUAAAGGUGCUGAGAAUCUUCUCUUUAAGAUGAUGCUUAGUGCCAGUCUGAGAAACAGCACCCCGAGAAUUCACUGGAAAACAACAAAUUACAUUUAGAGCGAAGAUAUGUAUUCUGUAGCGCGGAUAUAACCAGAGGGGUUAACCCAAAUGUGUUGGCAAGGUCUCAUGACCUGUCAUCUUGCCAAACUGAUCUCUUGGGGAAAGGCUGUUCAGCCAUGUUUUGUCACAAAUGAUUAUGUGGAUUCAUUUGCUCUUUUAAGUAAAAGCUGACAAAAGUGAUACAGGAGAGGAAGCAAGCUGAGCAUCCAUUUUAAAAUGAAAUAUAUGGAUUUACUGUUUGCUAAGAACUAUUGUGGGUACGAUGCCGUUGCAGAAGAAUUGGAUGGGCAGGUUUCUGAAACGAGAGAGAGGUCAGCCUUCCUUGACCUGGUGUCCUGCAUAUACUCUGGGCUAUAACACCACCAUUGACUAGCCAGUUUGGGUUGGCUGGGGGAUGCUGGGAAUUAUAGGUCAACCCAUCUGCAGGGUACCAGGUUGGAGAAGACUGUAAUAGUUGUCUGUCUGUCAUAAUGCUCCCCCCCUCCCACACACACACACACACACACACUGCCCUGCAAACAUGGACGUUUGGUUUUCUUUCAUAUGGUGAAAAAGUAAACUUUACACUUUAGGAAAUGAUUGGUAAGAAACCCGUCUUCCAAACUCAACCUGAGAUGACCAGAGUGGGGCCAGUGGCGCAUGCUGCAACUUUGCUUUAGCAGAGCUCUUUCCUAGCCCUAUAAAGAACUUCCUGACUGGAAGUACCAAGGAUUGGAAGUGCUGAUAAUUGGAUACAGGGCCGUUUAAGAAUACUGCUAUUUUAUUACUCGUGAAGCCUGUUCCUUAGAAACCCUCCUUCCCAGCUGCUUCUCUGAGCUUCUCCAGCUCUCUGGAGCAGAGUGCAGCUUUGGAGAAUUGGAGGAUGUGUCCUCAUCUUGCAAAAACGCUGCUGAAUUUUGGGGGCAAGUCAGCAGUAUUUGUUUUAAUACUAAAUUAGGCUGCAGCCUACCUUGCUUUAAAGUGAAAAUGUGUGUUUUUUCUGGUGGCCAAGAAGUUCAGCAAGCUGAGCAACAGCAGUUUGGAGAUUGUAGCCCGGGGGACACAGAAAGAAAGAUGGGCUGCUGCGUGUGAACUGCCAUGUUGCCCCUCCUUGCUCUGGAAACUUCACAGGAAGCCAUUCACUUGGAUUUUUUCCUAUUCUGCUUUAUUUGCUUUUUGCAUUAUUGCACACAAUAUUUUGAAGUUGUUUCUGACAUAUGUUUAAUGUAGAUGAGGAAACUUUGCUUUAGUUUGCACAAAUUUGUAUUUUAACUUGCUGACUUUGAGUUGAAUUUGGGGAGAGGACGUGCCCUAAGGAAAUAUUUCCCAUCUGUAGUUUUGUUGUUAAAAUUGAAAGUUUGCUUUUAGAAUAUGUCAGACUAAGAACAGAGAUGGACUUGUCAUGAAGGCUUCAUCUGGGUCCUGGGACUUACCGAUGGAGGUGCACCCCCUCUUUUGCUGCCAACACUCUUCCAAGGAGGGGGUGCGUACGUGGUGCUCCUCCCCUUCCAGUGCCUGUCAUUUCACUCCCAUCCCCAGAAUGGCCCUGGAACGCUGUAACAUCAAAAUACGUGAUUCCAGGGGCUCUUGGGAUAGAAUGGGGGACUGGUGGAGAAAGAGUUUCACACCUACCUAAUCUGAGUUUCACAUAUGCACGUCAUGUUCUGCCACCUGCAAAUGUGAUGGUGACACUGGGGGAAUUUUGCAACAGCCCUGAAAAGUCAAUUGCUUUUGAAAGAAAAAUACGCAAUUGCUCUAUUUUGUAUACUUUUCUUUUGUACGCUUUUGUGAGUCAUAUGAGGGAGGGUUGUAGGAGCUGUGCAAGGCAGUGACAUCCUGUUCCAUGAAUUUGCCUCUCUUCUGAGUUUCUGAGGCUUCACAAAGUAUUGCUCCUGUGAUUUCAGGUCUGUGUUUACACCCCUAAGGGCUAGAAACUUGGGUUUUUUAAAGCAAACACUUAAAUUCAGAUUCUUGGGACCCUGCAUUUCAUCUGCUUGCAGAGUCAUGGGAUAUACACAACUCUGACCUGCAUUUCAUAUGGUGGACUUCACUGGGUGGAUAGCGUUUCUGUGAUUGAGUUUGCCGCACUGCUGCUCAACCCAUGCAGCAAACAAUUGCAUUCUAGUUGAUAAUUAGAAUGUGUAACAGAACGUUACACAUAACUCAGAUAAUUCAGCACGUGAUGGCUGUAUCUGGUACUUACGCUAUUUUGCCUGGGGUAAGGAUUAUGUGACUUGCCCCUGAACACCUUUUGAAGAACCAGUGCUGCUUUUGUGAGGAUACUUAAUACACACAACAGAGAGAUACAUGCAUGUUUAACUGCAGUCCAGACAUUGCAGUCUGGUUAUUUGGCUGUGGUCUCCUGCCAAUGAUUCUGCUGGUGCUGAGAUUCUUGAUAGAGAGUGGCUAGAGGUAACUUCACUACUCAGUAACAUAGCAUGAUCUGAACUUACCUGAGUGGGAAGAGUUGUGGUUAUGAAGACUGCCACUUUUCAAAAUGCCUUCUUUAAGCCCUGUCCUCUACCUUCAAGCCUUUUAAUUUGCCUGGGCAGCUAGACUGCUGCAUGUUUGCUUCUGUGCUAAAUGCUGGCUCUGAUAGCUUCUUGCUGAAAGUUAAGUUGGCUCAGCACAUUACUGUUUUGUAAUCCAUUAGGCAGGCUGCAUUAUCCUAGCACAAAAACAAAACACCAAAAUAAAACACACACACACAAUGGGGUCAGCUCUCUCUGCACUGUAUUACAUAUUAAAAUAAAAUGGACUGUCUUGGUGUUGCACAGUUGAGAGUAAAUAGGAAGAAUCUAUAACAAUGUUUUCCCCCUUACAACCUCCCUUUUAAAAGUAUUGUUUCUUGUUUUCCACUGCCUCCAUUCUAAAAGCACUUAUUUGUAAAUAAUGUAUGUUCAUGAGACUUGAAUGGACAUUAUAGCCCAUGUUCUCUCUCCCUAGGCCUUUAUUUUAUUUGUAAACGUUGGACUUGACCUGUAUUGCCCACACUGUCUCAUGUCAGUGUGCUUCAUUCUGCUUGUAUGUAACUUUCUUUCUUUCCAUGGUGGCGUGGCUGUAAGCAUGCCCUCAAGGUGUUCAGGUCAGGCAUACCUUUCCUUUACAGAGUCAAAUUAUGGGAAAAACAGAAAAAUAUUCUGCAAGUUUUAAAGGAAAGCAAGCUGUAUGCAGUGCUGAUGGGUUGGCUCCAGUGAAUGCCCUUAAGAAAUUUCUUCUUCCCCCAUCCAUCUCUCUAGAGGUGUUGUAUUUAUUUAUUUUUAUGAAAGAAAAAAGUAGGAGAAAAAUGCAUGACUGAUCACAUGGCCUUUUUGAAAACCAGGAAGUAGAUGGACCUCUAAAGAAAUGGGAGGGGGCAACACACAUUUCAGGAUGGAGUUGAACUCACCUAACCACUGGGGAAGCUAAUAUAAAUUGUUUUUAUGUUCUGCCUGUCUAUACCUUUACUUGGGAGUAAGCCCUAUUGAACUGUGUGGGUUACUUUGAAGUGUAAAUUUAUAGACUGGAACAUCCCUGUUGUCACUGAAAACAGGUGCUGUAGUUUCAAUUGUUUUGUUUUUUUGCUAGUUCUGGGCAUAGCACGUCUGAUGACUUCCUUGUAGGGAACUAGCCGAGUGUUUCACCCAAACUGCCCUGUGAAAAGUCUGCCUGUGUUGGCACAGUUUCUACAUGGGUUCUGCCUCGCUCUUUUGAGGUGAAAGGUUAAAUGGAGCAGUAUGGUCAGUUGUUUGAAAUGUGGCUGCCUCCCUUCCUACCUGAAGACUCCCUGUAUUUAUAAAAAUAAAAACAAUCCAUUCCCAAAUGGAAAA